UUCUACGUCCUUCACCUCGCCCACUCCUUCCAUUCUCCUCUGGUCUCAUUUACCCUCGCUGCAACCAUGAGGCCAGGAAACGCCCUCUCACUCCUCCUCGCCGCCUGCGUUCCCCUCCUCUCUCUUGCCUCCCCCACCGCCGUUCCGGCCGGCGCCGGCAGCCAACCCAACCACAGGCUCCUCCCCCCUGUCGACCCUCGGAUCGUCCCCCUCUGCAGCCAAACCCAUACCCCGGACAUCUGCGUCAGCGCCGCUCGCUCCUACGCCCAUGAAUACCCGGUCAUCGACGCCACCAACCUGUUCAACAUCUUGGUCCGGGCUCUCAGAGACCGCAUCCAGAUCGACACGGCCAAGACCCUCGCCAUGACCAAGACCCAGAAGAAGUUGGAUAAGAUGGUGAGGGCUGGCAUCGACAGUUGCCUUCGAUCUUACGAGGACGCAUUGGACUACACGGGCGAAGGAAUCGAGGCAUUCAUAACACGCGACCUGGGAACGUUUGAGACCAGAUUCAGCAUGGUUAUCGGCGUGUUCAGCGGUUGCAAUGACGAGUUCAUGGAUAUUCCAAACCCGCUGGAAGCUCAGAAUAACAGGUUGAUGAACAUGGCGGGCAACUGCAUCCGCAUUGGCAAAAUGACGUUUAAAGAAUGAGGAAAUGCGGUUUCUGAGUGUGAUUUUUAGCUCUUCGCCAGGUGUUAGAAGUGCUGCUUGUUUUGAAGAAGGGACGUUUUUUUUUAUGUAUGCAGUGAGAGGGAUGGAAGGAAAUGGUUGGAGCUUGUGGGAUUGAUUGGGACUUUGGAUCAUGGGUGGGCUUUACUUUGCAGUCUUUUGGUUCUAUGUUUUCUCCUGUGGUUUAACUGCAGUGGUUAUGGGUGGUUUCGGAUUAUGAAAGGGCAGCAACUACUUCCCAUAGCCGUAGCUAACUACUAAAUCAACCAAUAUAUAAAUACAAGCAUAUAAAUUAAUAUUAUUGAUAAAUUCUUUGUUGGCCUUAUGAUUCUUGUAAUAACUCUGUGAUGAUCGAACUAUCCAUUAACUGUUGUAGCAAUUUGUAUUUGUUUUAUUGCUGAAUAUAUACUGCUUCUCUAACCGGAUGAGACAUCCGGCUUUGAGCCAAUAAU